AGGGUAGGGGAGGUGUGGAAAGGAGCAAGGCUCGAGGCGGUGGCCAAAUCGGAUCUCCCGAUGCUGCCUCGGGCUCGGGUCUGGCUUCCGGCCGAACCUUCCACCCCGGCCGAAAUUGAAGAGAUGUUGCGGUACUGCAACCCAUCUCUCCCCACCAAAGACUGGAGGGUGAUCAGGCUGGAGAGGACCGAGGCACCAUAUCGGCAAGCGCUGAUACUCCUGAACAAGGAGUCCCUCGCUCCUCUCAGUGUCACAAAGGGGGCCAUAAGCUAUGGCUUCGAUAGAGUCGUUCUCAAGACGCUCCCAACAGAAGCCAGGGCGGAUGGCCCGCUGCCUCCUGCGGGGGUGGAAAAGAGUGGGAAAGUUCCCCUCUCGAAAAUGGACGUCGACCAUAUCCUCUCGGACGCGGUGAGCACGGGGGGCGGAUCGUCAAGUGAUGGCGCAUCCGUCUUCAGUCUCGAGCAUCUGUUCGAGGAGGCUGGCGUCGACGAUAUGGACGAUGGUGCGGAACUUGCACUGCUGGAGAGGAGUUUGGAGGAUGAAGAUCCUCCAAAUUAA